GCAUCCGCUCUUCACUAUUCAUCGAUCCCUAAAAAAAAAUCGAUCCCCUUUCUUCCCAAACCGCCGCCGCCGCCGCCGGGCAGGAUGCAAGGCGAGGCGCGGCUACCGCCGGCGUGUGUAUCCAAGGUGCUCGACGACGAAGACCUCCUGUCGGAGAUCAUCGUCCGCGUCGGCUUCCCCACCAGCCUCGUCCGUGCCGCCGCCGUCUGCAGGCGCUGGCUCAGCCACGCCUCCGACGGCGCCUUCCUCCGCCGUUUCCGCGAGCUCCACCCGCCCAGACUCCUCGGCUUCUACAUCGCAGAAAGGGACUAUCCGGCCUCCGAACGCUUCUUCCCCAUGCUGCACCUGCCCCCGGAGCUCGCCGCCGUCGUCCGCCGCGCAAGCUUCAGGCCGGACGCCUACGACGGCGCGCAUGCCCAUGUGGUGGGCUGCUCCAACGGCAGCGUCCUCACCCACCGCGCAAGCUUCUGCCUGGACACCUUCAAGCUUGUAUUUGCAAGGCACAGGCCGCUGUGCUAUGAGAGAGGUAUGCGUAUGACCAUCCUCCCAGGAUUAAAACUCAGAACCUCACCAGGCAGUAUCUACAAUUGGACACAACUCUUCUCCAAACAAGAAGAGGAUGGGUGGUCCUACUUUUAUCUCACCGUGAAGGAUAUCAUGGAUGCACCUGGGGUGCUUCUGUAUGUGUAUAUGUUGCAAAAUGGUGAUGAUGUCUGGCGCCUGCAUCUCACCUUGGCCUCAGACCUGCAUGCAUGGAAAAGUCCCAAAGGCGUGCUCUUUGACAACAAAAUCUAUCUGGCGGCCGACGAUGCAAUUCUUAUCCUGGAUUUGACAGCCUCAAUCUUAUCGACAAUUCAGCUCCCACAAGGGGUGAGUUUUGACCUGAGUGGAACCACCAUGUUGUCGCGGGCCGAUGACGGUUCUGUUUUAUAUCUCAUCCAUAUCAAGGAGCUUCAACUUCAAAUCUGGCUCCAUAACGGGGGCAACUGGUUGCUGGUGGACACUGUUUGCUUGAGUGAAAUGUGUGCUAAUUUUCUCGAGGAUGAACCUACUGCUGACAUCCGGAUAAACCAUGUGGGGGACUAUAAUGAGUUUGUAUUCUUGGAGAUGGGUCGAUGUGUGCUCUACUUGGAUGUCAAGAACAGGACGCUGCGUAAAGUAUACAAGAUGACAGCAGAUGAGUAUUAUUUGGGUGAUAUCUAUCCUUUUAUGAUGAGCUGGCCUCCCAUUUUCCCUACUCUCAGUCCUGCAAGGAAUGCCACUUGAAGAACAAGGAUACGGGGAAAGCUUUUGGAUGACUUGCGACUAGGGUGCCACCAACCAAGUGCACAGGGCUGCUGCAUUUCCUCAGUAACAGUUCUAACUGUGUUCAUUUUAACUUGUAGCGGAUUAAUUAGGUUACCAUUUCACACUCUUGUCUUGUGGCAUCAGUAGUGCUAGGGUGUAUGCAAGUAACUCUCUCGCCUGGUCUGUUUGUGUUGUUGUCUUGUAGGAUUUGGAGAGGUGUCCUGCUUUGUAUGUUGAGUAGCCAUACUAUCUGAUCUAGUACUUGUAUUGCAGUCUUGGCAGUCUUGUCCACUGCUUGCAUUUGAACUAGUGUCUUAUUGUUGGCCAUUUCAGAAUCGAUUUCAGUUAGAGAUGUGUGUGUAUCUAGCUCUGAUGUAACAGUAAAAGAAAGCU